UUAUGGUUUUUAAAUUUUAUUCUCUCAAUUCAACUCAACCACCAUGAAAUCUCAUUCUCUCCUUCACCUAAAAUGCGACCUUUCUAAUAAACUCACUUAUAAGAUUCACUGUCAACACGGCCCAAAUUUUCACCUCACUAUUAGAGACGAAAAAGUGGUUCUUGCACCUUCUGAUCCUUCCGAUGAAUUUCAAAACUGGUGCAUGGUUGAGAGAUUCAUUGUCGCAGUGAAGGAUAAACAACUUUUCUCCUGCUUUGCUUUAGUUAAUAAAGCCAGUGGUCAGGCCAUUAAGGCUAAUGGAGACACUAAACAACUCGAGCUGAUACCAUAUGAUCAAGAUGUUGUUGAUGAGUCCAUACUUUGGUCGGAAACCCAUGAUUUGGGUGAUGGUUACAGAGCCAUUUGCAUGACUGCGAACGUCCAUCUGAAUUUGGAUGCUUUCGGCGGUGAAGAUCCCAUCAAAAAUGGUACUCCUAUUUGGCUCUGGAAGUGGAAUGAAGGGCAUAAUCAGAGAUGGAAGUUUACUCAAUGCUUGAACGAAGGAGGAAGUCGAGAUUUGGAAGGCGAUGAACUUACUGUGACUGACAUGAAUAAUCCGCAUUGCGAGUCUUGUAGACGGGAUGAGUUGAGGAAUGAAUGGAACGCAGCGUGUGCGCAAAUAGCUGAAGCAAAUUCCAAAAGUGCAGCUGGUGUGCAGCAGCAGAUGGAGAUAUUGAAAAGAGAGAUUAAUGAGUUAAGGAAUGAUUUGAAUGAAUUGAGACUUAAAGAAGUAGAUGAAGAAAUUGAGACAAUGGGGACAGACAUUGCGUCUUUGUGGCGUGCAAUUAGAGAUAAAAAGAAAAAACUACAUUUUUAACUUUUUUUCCCCUCAUGAAUAAAAAUAUAUCACCCAAGCAUAUAUUAAGAGUGAAUCAAUAAUUGAAGAUAUAUUGAAGAUUUUUCAAGAACAAAAAUAUAAUGGAUUAUGGCUAUAGUAGUUUUAUGAUUUUUUAAUUAUUUUUUUUCUUUCGAAUGUUUACUUUUGUAAUUUUUUUUUGAAAAGUUUGUUGUCUUUUUUUUUUAAGGUUUGUUGUUUUUUUUAUUAAAGGGUUAAACGGUGUUGAAUCAGAUACGUGUUUUGUUUAGCUUGACAUUAAUGAUCAGUUGCAAUUUUUUAGUCUAUAUAAUUAUUUUUCUUUCUUUUUCGAUUCCUACUUUACAAAAAUUGAAAUAUGUAUCUCACUUGAUGUAAUGUGAGAACAUGGAAAGGAAAUUAGUCUACAUUUGAGAGAUAUUAUCUCCAUUUUCUUUUAGUGGUCUCCUUAGGCAAAUAAAAUUAGAAUUUCCUCAAUGUCACUUCAAUUUGAGUGGUUAUCUUUUUGUGCAAUCUAUACCAUUCAUUACAA